CACACAUCACCCUAUCGCCACACAGAAACAUCCGACUCUCCGCGCUGCUCGCUCGGGAUCCGUCGCUCCUCCGCUCUUCCUCCCCAUCGCCCCGCUCUGCCCGCUCGCUUUAAGGGAUCCCGUGGAUUGAGAGGGGUUAUUGAGGGGAUUUGGGGAUGGCAGCGGCUGCGAGGAUGGAUCUCGACGGGAACCCGAUCUUGCCGAUGACGAUCUGCAUGAUCGGGGCCGGGGGGUUCAUCGGGUCCCACCUCUGCGAGAAGUUGAUGGCGGAGACGCCGCACACUGUGCUGGCCGUUGACGUCUACAGCGACAAGAUCAAGCACCUCCUCGACCCACCGUCGGCCGCGGAGGGGCAGCAGGCGCGCCACCCCUGGGACGGCCGGAUCCAGUUCCACCGCCUCAACAUCAAGCACGACUCCAGGCUCGAGGGCCUCAUCAAGAUGUCAGAUCUGACGAUCAACCUGGCGGCAAUAUGCACCCCAGCGGAUUACAACACCCGUCCACUGGACACCAUCUACAGCAAUUUCAUUGACGCUCUCCCAGUUGUCAGAUACUGCUCGGAGAACAACAAGCGCCUUAUUCACUUUUCCACUUGUGAAGUGUACGGGAAAACGAUCGGAAGCUUCCUGCCGAAGGAUCACCCAUUAAGAAAGGAGCCAGAGUUCUAUGUGCUCAAGGAAGAUGCCUCCCCAUGCAUCUUUGGUUCUAUUGAGAAGCAGAGAUGGUCUUAUGCAUGUGCAAAGCAACUUAUUGAGAGGCUGAUAUAUGCUGAGGGUGCGGAAAAUGGUCUGGAGUUCACCAUUGUGAGACCUUUCAAUUGGAUUGGACCAAGGAUGGACUUUAUUCCUGGAAUCGAUGGUCCUAGCGAGGGUGUUCCGAGGGUUUUGGCAUGCUUCAGUAAUAAUCUCCUGCGCCGUGAGCCUCUGAAACUUGUUGAUGGCGGUCAGUCCCAAAGAACUUUUGUCUACAUCAAGGAUGCCAUAGAAGCUGUUCUCCUGAUGACCGAAAAUCCUGCACGAGCAAAUGGCCAUAUCUUUAAUGUUGGAAAUCCUAACAAUGAAGUCACCGUAAAGCAACUUGCAGAGAUCAUGACACAGGUGUACUCAAAGGUUUCAGGUGAAGCUCCUUUGGAGAUGCCCACACUUGACGUGAGUUCCAAGGAGUUCUAUGGUGAAGGAUAUGAUGACAGUGAUAAGCGGAUACCUGACAUGACCAUAAUCAAUAAACAACUCGGUUGGAACCCGAAGACAUCCCUCUGGGACUUGCUUGAAUCAACGCUGACCUAUCAACACAGGACCUAUGCAGAGGCCAUCAGGAGGGCAAUGGCAAAACCUGUUGCAUCAAGCUAAGACGCUCGGAUUAGAUUGGGCACUGCUGGAGCCUAUCUACCUUAUCCUUUUUGAAGGUUAAAUACGUUCUAUUAGCCAGUUGCAUAAUAUUUUCUGUCGGUAGUUAAUAUCGAGCUCUAUGACCCAUAAGUUUCCCCUGUUUUUAAGAAAUUUAUUUACUGGAGAGGAACUCUAGGAACUGUUUGUAUAUGCCAUGGCAUCAUUGCGAUGUUCCCGGGCCAUUUCAUGUAAAGCAUUGCACUCGUAUUCCAUUUUAUGAUUCAUCAGCACGAAUCAUUGCAGAAGCAUGAUUGUUUUCUGCAUUUUGCUGGAUCAAUUCGAAGCGUACGUGCAAUCCAAUAA